CACUUACAAUAACAAAAGUGCUUUUGGCGGUUAUUAAUUGUAGCAUGUUGUAAAUAGUUUAAACAUAUUUUAAUAAUAAUUAAUCAUUUACAAUGGCCGAAAAGUUAGAAGACCUCAAUCUCCCACUAACAGUUGUUACCAGAAUCGUAAAAGAGGCCUUACCGGAUGGAGUUUCUAUAUCAAAAGAAGCGCGUACUGGUCUCGCGAAGGCGGCAUCAGUUUUCGUCUUAUAUGUCACUUCAGCAGCUACAAAUAUCGUAAAAAACAAUAAACGCAAGGCAUUAACUGGUCAAGAUGUUCUAGAAGCCAUGUCAGAUAUAGAAUUCGAUAGGUUUGUGGAUUCUCUACGAGACGCUUUAGAACUAUACAAACAGGCUGUGUCAGCAAAGAAAUUGGCUUCCGGAAAGAAGAAAGAUGAAGGGGAAGACGUGGAAAUGGUUGAAGAUGAAUGAUGUGAUACAAACAUUGUAUUUGAGUUCUUAUUUUUAUUGACUUAUGGUGAUAAAGAGUUUUGUAUUUAAGGAUCUAGUUAAUAAAUAAUGUUUUUUGAAA